AUGCAAGUUACAGAGAGUGAGGCACAGAUCAACAGUUCGUUGACCACAGAGAGUGAUGCACAGAUCAACGAUAACCUGACCACAGAGAGUGAGGCACAGAUCAACGAUAACCUGACCACAGAGAGUGAGGCACAGAUCAACGAUAACCUGACCACAGAGAGUGAGGCACAGAUCAACAGUUCGUUGACCACUGAGAGUGAGGCACAGAUCAACAGUUCGUUGACCACUGAGAGUGAGGCACAGAUCAACAGUUCGUUGACCACAGAGAGUGAGGCACAGAUCACCAACAACCUGACCACAGACAGUGAGGCACAGAUCAACAACAACUUGACCACAGACAGUGAGGCACAGAUCAACAACAACUUGACCACAGACAGUGAGGCACAGAUCAACGAUAACCUGACCACAGAGAGUGAGGCACAGAUCAACGAUAACCUGACCACAGAGAGUGAGGCACAGAUCAACGAUAACCUGACCACAGAGAGUGAGGCACAGAUCACCAAUAACCUGACCACAGAGAGUGAGGCACAGAUCACCAAUAACCUGACCACAGAGAGUGAGGCACAGAUCAACGAUAACCUGACCACAGAGAGUGAGGCACAGAUCAACGAUAACCUGACCACAGAGAGUGAGGCACAGAUCAACGAUAACCUGACCACAGUGAGUGAGGCACAGAUCAACGAUAACCUGACCACAGAGAGUGAGGCACAGAUCAACGAUAACCUGACCACAGAGAGUGAGGCACAGAUCAACGAUAACCUGACCACAGAGAGUGAGGCACAGAUCAACGAUAACCUGACCACAGUGAGUGAGGCACAGAUCAACGAUAACCUGACCACAGUGAGUGAGGCACAGAUCAACGAUAACCUGACCACAAUCAACGAUAACCUGACCACAGAGAGUGAGGCACAGAUCAACGAUAACCUGACCACAGAGAGUGAGGCACAGAUCAACGAUAACCUGACCACAGAGAGUGAGGCACAGAUCAACGAUAACCUGACCACAGAGAGUGAGGCACAGAUCAACGAUAACCUGACCACAGUGAGUGAGGCACAGAUCACCAAUGAGGCACAGAUCAACGAUAACCUGACCACAGAGAGUGAGGCACAGAUCAACGAUAACCUGACCACAGAGAGUGAGGCACAGAUCAACGAUAACCUGACCACAGAGAGUGAGGCACAGAUCAACGAGACCACAGAGAGUGAGGCACAGAUCAACGAUAACCUGACCACAGUGAGUGAGGCACAGAUCACCAAUAACUUGGCAACAUAG